UUAUGCCCUAACUGCUGGAGGCCAGGUUUUUACCCCUCCAUUGCCCCUAACGAAGACUAGCACCUCUUCAGCUCUAAGCCAACUCUGGUUUACAUCGUCGAAUUUUGGGAGGCUAAUCGACUAGGAUCAAGCACACAACUCCUGCUUUCGACGUACGCCUUCACCUUUUACAAGAUGCUCGAUAUUGCCGAUUUUGUCAGUGACCGCGGAGGAAAUCCAACCAAAAUUAAGGAGAGUCAGCGAAAGCGAUUUGCCCCAGAAAAUUCGGUCGACGAUGUACUUAAACUGUAUGAGGAAGCUCGCCGAGCACGGUACGAGGUCAUGCAGAUAGGUUCUCAGCUCAACGGACUCCAAAAAGAUAUCGGGAAGAAAAAGAAGAAUAAGGAAGAUGCAAGUGCCCUUCUCCAGGAGAAAACUGAACUAGAACAACGCAAGAAAGAAGCCGAGGAUCUCGCUCUUCAGAAGGAAAAGCAAAGGGACAGUAAGCUCCGGACGAUUGGUAAUUACGUGCAUGAAUCGGUCCCUGUGAGCGAUAACGAAGACGACAACGUAGUGGUACGAACAUGGGCACCUGAGAAUAUCAUCGUCGAAAAGCGUGAUUGCCUUUCUCAUCAUGAAGUUCUCACUCGCCUCGACGGCUACGACCCGGAACGCGGUGUCAAGGUUGUUGGUCACCGUGGAUACUGCCUGACAGGCUAUGGCCUCUUUUUGAACCUUGCGCUGAUAAAUUACGGCCUCGAAUUUCUUUGGGGCAAAGGUUAUAAGCCAAACCAGCCCCCUCAAUUCAUGCUCAAGGAAAUGAUGGCAAAAACAGCCCAGCUUGAGCAAUUUGACGAGGAGUUGUAUAAGGUAACGGAAAGUGAGGACAAGUCUACCGACAAGUACCUCAUCGCUACAUCGGAACAGCCUUUGUCGGCUCUGCAUGACGGAGAAUGGCUUCAAGACAAGGAUCUUCCAGUCAAGUAUGCGGGGUAUAGCACGUGCUAUCGUAAGGAAGCAGGAUCUCAUGGUAAAGACGCUUGGGGUAUCUUCCGCGUUCAUCAGUUUGAGAAAAUCGAGCAAUUCGUGCUUACCAACCCUGAACAAUCAUGGCAAGCUUUCGAGGAAAUGAUGGACACCUCGGAAGAAUUCUACAAGUCUCUCGGACUUCCAUAUCAGAUAGUUGCAAUCGUGUCCGGAGCAUUGAAUAACGCAGCGUCUAAGAAAUAUGACCUCGAGGCUUGGUUCCCAUUCCAGGGAGAGUACAAGGAGUUGGUUUCUUGCUCUAAUUGCACAGAUUAUCAAUCUCGGGCUUUGGAAAUUCGGUAUGGCACUAAGAAGGCGACAGAUGUUAAGAAAUCUUAUGUUCAUGCUUUGAAUGCCACGUUGUGUGCCACUGAGCGGACGCUUUGUUGCAUCCUUGAGAAUUAUCAAAGGGAGGAUGGAUUCGUCGUGCCAGAGCCCCUUCGCAAAUAUAUCCCAGGUGCUCCGGAAUUUCUUCCGUAUACCAAGGAACUCCCGAAGGACAGCACUUCUCAGAAAACGAAGGGCAAGCAGGGUUCCAAAGCAGCAAGUGGCUCGGAAGAAGCGGCAAAGAAGAUACGAGAUCUAACGGUGUGAGUGCCACGAGCGCUGGAGAAGUUAUAAUUUACCUUCGAUUUGGGUUGGACUUCAAAGGUGGUAAUUGCUACCCACAUUGCAUAGCGUCGCGAAUGCCAGCUUGUAGAAUAUUUUGUAACAGGCCAGCCUUACACAAUGGGACCAUUCGUUACAAGCUUUACUAUAUAUAUUAUAUCAUGUAUUAUGAAGUAUCCAAGAGAA